AUGGAAGGCGGUCGCAACAAGGACACCAAGGCAUCGAGCGGCGAGGCCAGCUCGCCGGAGCCAACGAGUGAUGACGCCGGGACCAUGCGAUCCUACUAUGAGUGCAUGUUUUGCAGGAGGGGGUUCACCACCGCGCAAGCCCUAGGCGGCCACAUGAACAUCCACCGGAAAGAUCGAGCUAGGAUGCAGCAUGGCCGGAUGGCGUCUUCGGUCUCUGGAAAGAAUGAAGAGGACUCUGAAGGCUAUGGAUAUAAUAACCCAUGCUCGAACCACCAUCGGACCCUGUAUCCUCGGGUCUCCGAGUCCUUGAAGAACUAUAGCUUGUACAUCCCGGCGUCGUCUUCUGCUGGUAGGGAUACACGGGUGGGUAGGGAUGAUGAUGAUAUGGGCUCGCAGAGACAAGGUGAGCUGAGCCUUUUUGGUCGGGAGUUGCAGCUGGGCUUGGGCACGCAUUUUGAUGGCUCGAGCGCGGUGAGUGAAUUAGAGAAGAGGAAGGAUGUUGACGAUGGAGAGGAACUCGAUCUAGAGCUUAGGCUGGGCCAUCAGCCCUAG